GACAGUGUGUUAGCGUAUUAUAACACUAAUUAUGGAUACUAAUAUGCAUACUGAACACAUUUGUCACCUUUUUUUGCUAAAAUAGCCCGUUUAUAAGAAUUAAUUUAAGAAAAUGGUCGCUUCUACAAAUUGAUUGAAGGGGAGCAAAAUUUCAAGAUGGCAGACCUUGGUGACGAUGCAAAUAUGAGCUUAGAAGACAGGCAUGCAUUUAUGACCGAAAGAUUACAACAACGUAAUGAUAUUCGAAAGUCUGAAAUUCAGAGAAAGAAAGAAGAUAAGGAGGCCCCAAAAAGAGAGAAAUGUGAACAUUUCCAUGAAAAUUUAAACCGUGAAAUCGAAGAAAUAGAGACAGAACUUGCCCUGAGUUCCUCCAAGACGAAGGAAGAGUUAAUUGAUCACUUUGAUGGGAUUACCGUUCGGCUUCAAAAGUCGCAGAAAUUUCUUUCCGAGUCAACUUUGUUUUUACCGUCAUAUGAUAUUAGCCGAGCUAACGACUCUCUGACAAAACUUCAGAAUAUUUUACAAGAAAAGAGAUCAGAGUUUUUACCAAAGAAAAAAUUUGCAUUUAAAAGUAGAAAGGGUACAGACGAUGGCAAAGACAAAAAGUCGAAAAAAGUAGAAAGUGGUGAGAUGGAUUUAAGGACUGUUGAUUUAGCAGACUGUAAAGUUAUAAAUGAAAUAAACAAGAAACUGUCUAUGCAGCCAGAGGAAAUUAAUCAAAAAGAUGUUGCUCUAGCUGAACUCAAGUCUUGUGUUGUUAAACUUUAUGGUGCCCCAUCUGCUAUACACAUUAAUAAACUUGAAGACUGUCAAAUAUUUUGUGGUCCUGUAUCUGGUUCAAUAUUUAUUCGUGAAUGUGCUAACUGUGUCUUUGUUUUAUCCUGUCAACAAUUAAGAAUUCAUACAACCAAAUUCACUAACUUUUACAUUCAUGUCACAAGUAAAGCUAUAAUUGAAGAUACUUCAGAAGUUAAAUUUGCACCUUACAACUGGAAUUAUCCUUUGAUUGAAGAACAUUACAAGUUAUCUGGAUUAGAGAAAAAACGAAAUAAUUGGAGUGAUGUUGAUGAUUUUAAUUGGCUUGCAGCUGAUGAACAUUCUCCAAAUUGGUCAAUUCUAGAUCUUAAGGAACGAAUUCUAAUGUGGGAUGUCUAAUUCUCUGCAUUAGAUAGAUAUGAGGACUGUAAUCCUGAAUACUUAUUUGAAUGAAAACUGUUGGUGACUAAAAGUCUUUUUGUGCCAUGAAAAAAUGUAUGUAGUUAUUGUCUGUUUAAGUUUUGCUCUUUAAAAUACCCCCUCUCACUCAAUAAAUAAUUGAAAUGGCUAAACGUACUGUUAAACAACUAUGCAAUUUAGGGACUGAAUAAAAUAUCCAUGAAUUGUAGUUUGUCAAUAUUAAAUUAAAAUGUUUUACCAAAUCUUAUCAGACCAUUUUAAGAAUUCUAAUUAGAUUUAGGCUAUAUUACCAUUCAUCAAUAAUUGUUCACUUGCUAUAGUUCCAUAAAUGUUUGUUUUGCAACAUUUGAUUUUGAAAGUUGAAUUUUAACAUGUUACUAUAUUCCAUGGCUUUGGGGGAAUGGACUUCUAUCAGAAUUCAAAAUAAGGAUGAAAAUCCUCUGCCAUUCAAAUGUAUACAUUACAUAUGUAUAUCACUUGAAGAAGUUCAAGAAUGUGCUAUUGCAUAGAUUAAGAUAGUGGAAGCUACAGUAAACUUUGUAUAAGUUGGAUCUAUGUGGACUGACCAAUUUUAUCCGAGUUGGCCGAAGACCGAAAUUCAAUCUUAGCUUGAUUAGAAAUUAACUGCGAGAGCCGGAUAAUAAUUAAUUCAAGCUUUUGUUCGUACAAUGUAUGUGUGAGUAGAUAACUUCCGUUUUGGUAUGAGUAGAUAACUUCCGUUUUGUGGCCAUCUUUGAAAAAUGUCCUAAAUUUUCCCAAAGAGUCUCGUACAGCAGACAGCGAGUUUUGAAUUUUCCAGGAAAAUUCUCUUAUUGCGUUGCGUCAAAUAGGCUGAUUUGAGUCAGAAUAAUAGGGGAGAUUAUUUUGGGGCUCUGUGCAUGGAAUACCUAACUACGUUUUAGACCAUUGGGACGAAACUGACUUAGUCAAAUUCUGAACAUACUGCCGAUCCAACUUAGGUGAAGGAAAAAAAGCCAGAAUUGGAUCAAAUGGACCGAACGAUUUGAUUCCAGUUGAGCAAAGAUCCUUCUUAUUCUUAGGAAAUCUGACUUGCGUGUAGAAAUUUAAUAAGAAAAAUGUGCAGGAGCAAAGGGUUCAAACGAUUUUAUCUGAGUUGAGUGAAGAUCGGACUUACACAAAGUUUACUGUAUAUAUAUAUAUAUAUGUAAGUUUACAUGUACAUGUGUUUACAAAAAGAGUAGACAAUGCCCACUUUUGUGAGGAGCGGUCAGAAAAUAUUUGGGCUUGCCUUUGUUUAUUAACAUAUCAGAAGGUCCACAUGCAGGCAAAUAUUAUUCGUUUCAAGUAACAAAAAUUGUAGUGAUCUGGUCAGAAGCUUAAAGAUACAUUGUCCCGAAAGUAUUUACCAGUUUGUUAUUCCCAAUAAAAGAUUGGCAAAUUUGGUAUAUAUGGAAAGUAUAGAUGCACAAUCUUACUAGAAAAAUAGUGGAUUACCCGAAAAACUCCCACGGGUUAAGCACUGGGCAAAAAUGUUAGGGUAUUACUAACUGGCCACCUGAAUGUUGUUUGCCAGUUUAUUGUGUGCUAGCUUCUUGCUUGACUGAGGGAGCAGUUGUAUUUCUUGAUCAAAUGGUUAGGCAGUUUUGGGAACAUUGAGGCCUGUCAACAUACAAAAGACUCUGCAAUUGAACGGCUGAAGAGAAGUUGACAGAAAAUAAUUAAGAAUUUACUUAGGCCUCAAUAUGAAUGCUAAAUGGACAGUUAAGUAAUGAAAUAUACAUUCUGAAAAAUGGGCCCUCCCAUAAUGAAGUUAGGUGACAACCAUGGCUUCUAACAACAGUUUAUUUACAGCUUGAGGUAUGUCCCAGGGAAUACAAAGUUUUGCGAGGGAUGCAAAUUUUCGAUAGAUUAAUUAGUUUGAAUAUGUUUUUAGUCCAAUAUAUCAUCAAAUCACGCAGUUUGUACAUAGGAAAGUAUCUUUAAAGUGACACAAGCAUGGAGCAACAUGUGCUGUUUUUCCUGUGAAGGGGUUAAUAUUGCAUGUAAGAAUUUUGUGCUUUAAUGGUUAAUUAUGUUAUUUAUUACUUAGCUAUUUAAGUACUUGUAACUGUCUGUGAUUAAUUUUUACAAAUAUUUGUAAUAAAGUUUAUUUACAAUGUAUGGAUUUUUUUGCUAUCAGUAUCUAUGUCCUAAUAUGAAAAAAAAAAUGUUAGGGUCACAGUGUUAAAUUAUUACAUGCCCACAUUUUCAUGUGAACGUAGAACAUAGUCCCUGUCCAUCUGGAUGCCAUUUCACGUUUGUUUCACUCAACAGGUAUCAAUUUUAUCUGAUUUUGACGAAACUUGAAAUAUACAUGUAUUAUUAUUAUUAUUAUUACAGCAUAUUUAUAGUGCACCCUUUGAUAUAACAUGUUCAGGAGCACUUUACAAAGUGACAAUGUAAAUCAUACAUAAACAACAAGAUUAUGGACAUGUUAACGAUUGUAUACAGAGUCAGUUAAAAGCCUGAUUAAAUAAA